CACAAUACAACUGUGCAACUUUGCAUGUGUGUGUUCUGCUCUGUUUUGUGCCGCCUAGAAAUCGAAAUUUCAACUGUUUGCAAGUCUUUCGCAAUUAAUUGAUUGAAAACAAUUUAUAUGUGGCACACAUUUAUUGUACAAAAAGUGCGCACAAAUAUAUAGCUUAACGCCAAACCAUAGAAAAUACGGCAAGAGAGUGAGAGAGCGUCGCAUUAAGAGGAGAGUCCGCAUGAGUGCCAGCGCAUGUGUGUGUGUGUGUUUGUGUUGUGUAUGAGUUUCGCCUGCGUGUGUGUAUGAAUGAAGCUGGCAUUAUAUGCGUGUCUGUGCCUGUGCCCGUUUGUGUGUUGAAAAUUGUAUGAUUAACUGCAUUGAGCUUCGUCCGGUAGACAUUCAACACUAGUAUUAAAACGGCUGUGGCUGCACGAAUUUGACUCAUCAUCUGCUACAGCGACGCGCCGAAACAUUAAGCCGUUAUACCAACAACUGCAGCAGCAACAGCAAGAGGCAAUCAACACCCACGACGACGUCAACAACAGCAGCAGCAGAAGCAGCAGCGGCAGCAGCAGCAGCAGCAGCAAGAACACAAGGCGGCAGACAGUUACAGUCGGAGUCGAUAGUUUGUGGAGCAUAAAAUGGAUAGCAAGGGCCGCAAAGUUAUUGUUUGUGAUAACGGCACUGGGUUCGUAAAAUGCGGCUAUGCCGGCAGCAAUUUUCCCGCGCACAUUUUUCCAUCGAUGGUUGGCAGACCGAUAAUACGAGCGGUCAAUAAAAUUGGUGACAUCGAAGUGAAGGAUUUACAUGUCGAUGACCUUAUGGUUGGCGAUGAAGCCUCACAGCUGCGCUCAUUACUGGAGGUCUCCUAUCCCAUGGAGAAUGGUGUUGUCCGAAAUUGGGAGGAUAUGUGUCAUGUGUGGGACUAUACGUUUGGCCCCAAGAAAAUGGAUAUUGAUCCGACGAACACAAAGAUAUUGCUAACGGAACCCCCAAUGAACCCCACAAAGAACCGCGAAAAGAUGAUCGAGGUGAUGUUUGAGAAAUACGGUUUCGAUUCCACGUAUAUUGCCAUACAGGCGGUAUUAACGCUCUACGCCCAGGGUCUCAUAUCUGGCGUUGUGAUCGACUCUGGCGAUGGCGUGACCCAUAUUUGUCCUGUCUACGAGGAGUUCUCUCUGCCACAUUUGACGCGGCGUCUGGAUAUUGCGGGCCGUGAUAUAACGCGCUAUUUGAUUAAGUUACUUCUAUUACGUGGCUAUGCCUUCAAUCAUUCCGCUGACUUUGAAACGGUGCGCAUUAUGAAAGAAAAACUAUGCUACAUUGGCUACGAUAUUGAAAUGGAGCAACGUUUGGCAUUAGAGACCACAGUCCUGGUGGAAUCUUAUACGUUACCCGAUGGCCGUGUGAUUAAAGUGGGUGGCGAGCGUUUUGAAGCGCCCGAGGCGUUAUUCCAACCGCAUUUAAUAAACGUUGAGGGUCCCGGCAUUGCGGAACUGGCGUUCAACACGAUACAGGCUGCGGACAUUGAUAUACGACCCGAGCUCUAUAAGCACAUAGUACUUUCUGGCGGCUCAACCAUGUACCCGGGACUGCCCAGUCGUUUGGAGCGUGAAAUAAAGCAAUUGUACUUGGAGCGAGUACUCAAAAACGAUACGACAAAACUGGCGAAAUUUAAAAUACGUAUUGAGGACCCGCCGCGUCGCAAAGAUAUGGUUUUCAUUGGCGGCGCUGUGUUGGCUGAGGUAACGAAAGAUCGCGAUGGCUUUUGGAUGUCCAAGCAGGAGUAUCAGGAACAGGGUCUUAAAGUAUUGCAGAAACUGCAAAAGAUCAGCAACUAAAACAACAAUAACAGCAAGAGCUAACUGAAACGAUAAUCAACGGACACAACGGCAGCAUUUGCAUUUGCUUAUCUUAAGUUCAAAUUUAGACUUUUUCGACUUUUAUCCAGAGAAAGAGAGAGAGAGAAACAGUUAGUGCUCAUUGCCUGCUAGCCAGUGGGUCUGUUUAUAGCUGCGAAUGCGGGGGGAUGUGUUCAUUCAGUCCAUUCAGUUCAGACUAAUCGUAAAUCCCUCUCCUUGUUUCAUACACAUGUACAUUCGUAUAUGCACAAAGUAAGAGCAUAUUUUUCACACGCCCAGCACCUUUAAUUGCUAUGUUAUAAUCGUAAUGCCAAAUCAUGUAUAAUUUGUCAUUUUGGCCCUAAAUUUUAAGCAAAUGUCACUUGAAUUGUAAUAAUUCUUAUCAUAAUGCCUUUGUUUAUUUUGUUUUCAAUGCUUUUUUUUUAAUUUACAAUUUCUUCCUUUUUUUUUUUUACUAAAUAUAUAUGUGCAUAGAUUGUAUUGAUAUUUUUGUAAACAAGUAUCUUUUCAUUUGUGCUGUAGCCUAUAAACUGAAGUAUUUUCAUAUUUCCUUGUCAAAAAAAAAAAA